AUGCAGGAAGUGAAGACAACAGAAGAUCUCACAUCUGUGCCUGAUACCACGAAGGAAGAUGAUGACGAAGGGAGGAUGAUACAUGAGGGAGAGGAGAAGAAAAGUAAUAGCACAAUGCAGGAAGUGAAGACAACAGAAGAUUUCACAUCUGUGCCUGAUACCUCAAAGGAAGAUGAUGACGAAGGGAGGACGAUACAUGAGAGAGAGGAGAAGAAAAGUAAUGGCACAAUGCAGGAAGUGAAGACAACAGAAGAUGUCACAUCUGUGCCUGAUACCCCGAAGGAAGAUGAUGGAGGGAGGAGGACGAUACAUGAGGGAGAGGAGAAGAAAAGUAAUGGUACAGUGCAGGAAGUGAAGACAACAGAAGAUGUCACAUCUGUGCCUGAUACCCCGAAGGAAGAUGAUGGCGGAGGUAGGACGAUACAUGAGGGAGAGAAGAAGAAAAGUGAUGGUCCAAUGCAGGAAGUGAAGACAACAGAAGAUGUCACAUCUGUGCCUGAUACACCGAAGGAAGAUGAUGGCGGAGGUAGGACGAUACAUGAGGGGGAGAAGAAGACAAGUGAUGGUCCAAUGCAGGAAGUGAAGACAACAGAAGAUGUCACAUCUAUGCUUGAUACCCCGAAGGAAGAUGAUGGCGGAGGGAGGGCGAUACACGAGAGAGAGAAGAAAAGUGAUGGUCCAAUGCAGGAAGUGAAGACAACAGAAGAUGUCACAUCUGUGCCUGAUACCCCGAAGGAAGAUGAUGGCGGAGGGAGGACGAUACAUGAGGGAGAGGAGAAGAAAAGUAAUGGUACAGUGCAGGAAGUGAAGACAACAGAAGAUGUCACAUCUGUGCCUGAUACCCCGAAGGAAGAUGAUGGCGGAGGGAGCGCGAUACACGAAGAGAGAAGAAAAGAAGAUGAUGGCGGAGGUAGGACGAUACAUGAGGGAGAGGAGAAGAAAAGUAAUGGCACAAUGCAGGAAGUGAAGACAACAGAAGAUUUCACAUCUGUGCCUGAUACCUCAAAGGAAGAUGAUGGCGGAGGGAGGACGAUACAUGAGGGAUAG